CGACCAUUUCCUAGUCUUUCAAGCUGCUUUCUAUUCUCAUAAAUAUUUUUUGCUGACAUUCAUGUUUUUUCCUAGGACGCCAUGGAUCGCAGAGCAUGAGUCAGCCUCCCUUUGACGUGCCUCGUCCCCAAUCUGUCCCACUCCCCUAUGGUAGAAACUAUCAUGCUGGUAUCGAGAUCGAGCGACCGGUGAGCGUUCCGAUUCUUGAGAAGUCGGUCUAGGUCACCAUGACUUCCAAGAAGGGACGCACCCCUCUCCCACGUACAACGCCGUCUCACCCACACGGCCCUUAUCUCAUGUCGCCCCAUGAGCAGCACCGGCUUGAGGACAACCAGUCCCAGCAGCAAGCAAUAUUGCCGACCCUACCAGCAGCUGUCAGUCAACCUACUGCCGCCGCCCCUCAUGAUGGACAGACGCCGGGCACCAACCCGCAAGGUCAAGGUCAACAGGCAACUGAUCCUCUCCGUUGUCACAUUUGUAACAAGGCCUUUAAGUCGACUACCAACCGAGUUCGACACGGUCAGACCGUUCAUAUCGGAACGACCUGCAAGUGGAACAGUUGUGGCAAACAAUUUGCGAACGAGGCGAGGCUGCUCAAGCACCUCCGAACCCACCAGGCAUCGGCAGCCGCCAAUGACCUGGUCGACGAGUUCCUGUGCCACUGGCCGGGUUGUGACAAAAAAUUCAGAGACAAUGCUGAGUUGUCACGCCACAUCAAGAUCCACAAUAGCUCUGCGUGA